GACCUGUUUUACAAACCGUAUAUUGCAACCAAGCUUUAAUAUAAUGACAUCUUUAACAGUGUUAGACUAUAACUCUAUCCUUAUAGGGGUUAUCGCGAUUGCGGGGCUCCCCACAGCGUGGAAUAUCAUUGCUCGGAAUGAAUAUCGCCACCACACCAUUGAAAAGAUUCUUAAAGGAAAGAAACGUGGUGCCUAUCUGCUAGCUACCGCGAUCUUUAUCGCCUCUCUUCUACGAGAUUUUGCCUUCAAGGCAGCUGUACAGGACAACCCAAGCUUGCUGAUGUCCAUGAUUUCAGCAUAUUUUUCGGCAGAUUUAACUAUUUUACAAACUUUAUUGCAGGUGCUAGGGAUACUCCUACUUAUUAUCGGGAAUAUACUCGUUGUGAGCUCCUUUUGCCGUCUGGGGAUUACUGGCACCUACCUCGGGGAUUAUUUUGGAAUCAAGAUGAAGAAACGCGUUACCGCUUUUCCUUUUAGUCAUUUUGAAAGUCCCAUGUAUCUUGGAUCCACCCUUAGCUUUCUGGGGACUGCCUUUUUAUAUCGCAGUGAAGUAGGCGUGUUGUUGGCUGUGUGGGUGGGGAUCGUGUAUUACGUGGCAACAGUGUAUUUUGAGAGCCCCUUCACCGCUAUGAUUUACUCCGAUAACAAGAAAGCAUGA